AUGACAACACUUCUAGCUGGAGUUGCUGACCCAACAGCUAGACCAAAUGACAUUAGCAAUGUCUUCUCAUUAGAACCCUUGGGAUGUAAUAAUCCGAAUGAUAUUAACAAUGUAUUUUUUUCAAUUCAGCAACUCUAUAAGCUACAAAUAAAAGGGUAUUGGGAAGUCACCAGUCUACGCCAUUAUCUAGACCAGAAAUUGGUACCAAGAGGGUUAAGACCGGAGAUUUCCACACCCGAUAAAGUUAAUACUGAGGAUAAACUUAAAGAGUGGAAUGACAUUCUUAUAAACUGCUCAUACAAACUUAUGCAGUUUCUUGUCAAACUUGAGGAGGAGAAUUUUGAAAAAGUAAAUAAAGAUUUACAAAAUGAGGUUAUCAAAGUUAAAGAAUUCCAGUCUAAUUCAGAGUACACACUAAUGGAAAACAAAUUACAAAACAAUAUAGACAACUUCACAACACAUAUUAAAGAAAAGAAACAUUACAAAUUUCAACGAGAUUAUAAAGAUUUCAAGGAAGGCACAAUAUUUAGGCAAACCAAGAGAUCAAACAUACGAGCUAAUAGAAAAAAUAGUUACUCUUCAGGCAAUACAGAAUGGACGGACUCAGAUUCCGGCCCAACACAAGGCAAGAAUCCAUCCUCCGGCUUGAAAACCCCCCAUUCUACAAGAAGGGGGAUAUUAAAAGAUCCAAACAAAACUGUAGCUUUCUUAGACACCCCUCCCCCAUCUACUACAGUAUCCUCGUCGGGCUCUACUUCUUUUUUAGACCAAGCCUGGCCCCUACCACAGAGGGGAAGGUUACGAGACCGGCAGAGAUGGGGGUACAAACCCAAUCGCAGCAACUCCAGGAAUUAG